GGAGCCCAUGCUGAGGACUACUUAUUACAUGUUUGGUCUGCGCAUCUCCGACUGCUGGAGAACACGCAUGUUCCAAGUAUCACCAGCGACCCCAAUGCCUACCACUUCGGUACUUCUGUCUAUGCUUCCAAAGAAGAAGUAGUGAAUUUCUUACAUGACAUCUGGCACCAGCCACUGGAUGAAGAGAAUCCUGAACUUGGAUAUCGUCCCAUUAUUUGCCUUCAGCAUGGUAACCCACUUGGACACCGGGCAACCUGGAAAGAACUCGGUUUCGACCCUAUGAAGAUGGAUACAACUAUCGCCAUGCUAGAUAACCAAGUUAUCGCACAGCAGAGCAAGCUUACUCGAAACUCAUACGCCGAGAUCGACUACCUUCUCAGCCAGUUCAAGAUCCAGCCUCGCGAUUCCACCAAUUGUGGUAACGCAGCGGUGUACAUCACCAUCUCAUCCGUGCUUUGUGCCCUGAGGCAGCAUUUGUACCAGUCGCUGCGAAAUCCGAAAUCGAAGCCUGGUCAGUAUGGCCAGUCUGCUUCGAAGACUGCCCAGGCUGUAGUGAACGAAUGGAUGGAGCGACCGACGCCCGCUCCACCUGUAGGAAAUGAGGCAUAUUGUCUCCGAUGUAAAAGCCAUGAACAUCUCUUCACUGAGUGCCCUCUCUAUUUCGACUGA